GGGCCGCGCGCCGGCUGUCCCAUGCCAUUGAACAGCUUCCUCAAGCGUUCGAGCAAGCUCUUCCGCACCGCGUCGUCGUCGUCCACGUCGUCCAAGUCCUCGUCCACCAAGCAGAAAGAAGAGAAGAAGAAGAUGGCCCCGAAAGUCGCGAUCGUGAUCUACUCGAUGUACGGCCACAUCACCAAGAUGGCCGAGGCCGUGAAGGCGGGCGUCGAGCAGGCGGGCGGGAGCGUCACCAUCUACCAGAUCCCCGAAACCCUCCCGCAAGAAGUGCUCACGAAGAUGUACGCCGCGCCCAAACCCGCCUACCCCAUCAUCACGCCCGACGAGCUCGCGACGUUCGACGCGUUCAUCCUGGGCAUCCCGACGCGGUACGGCAACCUGCCCGCGCAGUGGAAGGCGUUCUGGGACGCGACGGGCCAGCUGUGGAGCACGGGCAAGCUGUGGGGCAAGUACGCGGGCGCGUUCGUCAGCACGGCGGGCCCCGGCGGCGGGCAGGAGGUCACGAUCCAGAACACCAUCAGCACGCUCACCCACCACGGCGUCAUCUACGUCCCCCUCGGCUACGCGAAGGCGUUCGGCCAGCUCACCGGCCUCACCGAGGUCCACGGCGGCUCGCCGUGGGGCGCGGGCACCUUCGCGGCCUCCGACGGCUCCCGCCAGCCCACCGCGCUCGAGCUCGAGAUCGCGACCAUCCAGGGCAAGGCGUUCUACGAGACCGUCAGCAAGGUCGCGUUCUAG